AGCGGAGGAGCCUCGUCGGGCCGCUUUUGAGUCGUUAGAGGCGGAUAGGAAGUCCUUCUGCAGCUCCUGCACGGCUCCUGUCACUUCAUUUACCGGCGCUGCACCGAGGAAAUCACUGGGACUAUGUGAGAAUCAUGCUCGCUGUGAGAUGCCUGCUGUUCGCUGCAGUGUGUGCACGGUGCGUCGUGACAGGUGUGAGGGGAUGGCAGGGAAGGCAGCCUCCUGCUGAAGAGGUUGUUCAGCCUAAGCGGCUCCUGCAGCAGAUCCACUCCCAGGAGGAGCUGCUCCACAACCACCUAGACACCCGGGUCAGAAACGACACAGCGGGUCUGCAGCCCAUCCAUCUGGCUCAGAGCAGUUUCUUGGUGGAGGCCUUUGGCACAUCUUUCAUCCUUGACCUGGAACUCAACCACAAUCUCUUGUCAACAGACUAUGUGGAGCGUCACUUUGAUGAGGAUGGGCAGCCGUCCCAGAAUAUGGGAGGAGAGCACUGCUAUUACCACGGACGAGUGCGGGGGCUGCCCAGCUCCUGGGUCGCUCUGUCCACCUGCCACGGCCUGCAGGGGAUGUUUUCUGACGGGAACUUCUCCUAUGGGAUUGAACCUGUUGAUAGUGGAGAGGAGCACAAUGACCACAUUGUGUAUCGUAUGCCUGACAUUGACCUCCUCCCACCUCCCUGUCCAGGUUAUUAUGACACAAUUCAGAAGUCUGGCUGUGUGGAUUUCUUUUGCCCCCUCCAGGUGCGGCGAGGCCAGCGCACCGUGCAGACUGAGACCAAGUACAUCGAGCUGAUGGUGGUCAAUGACCAUGAACUGUUUGUCCAGCUCCGUCGCUCGACCACUGUGACGAAAAACUUUGCCAAAGCUGUGGUGAACAUGGCCGAUGCGAUCUAUAAGGAGCAGCUCAACACUCGCAUCGUGCUGGUAGCUAUGGAAACCUGGUCAUCUGAAAACAGGGUCUCCGUGGGCGACGACGCCUUGCUUACCCUGCGUGACUUCAUGAAGUUCAGAAAGGAGAGCAUCAAGGAACGCUGCGACGCUGUGCACCUCUUCUCUGGGAGGACGUUCAUGAGCAGCCGCAGCGAGGCAGCGUACAUCGGGGGCAUCUGUUCUCUUACCAGGGGUGGUGGCGUCAAUGAGUAUGGUAGUGUGGGCCCCAUGGCCAUCACGUUGUGUCAGAGCCUUGGCCAGAACAUCGGCAUGCUGAGGAAUAAAGAGCGACCCGCUGCAGGAGACUGCAGGUGUCCAGACCCUUGGUUGGGCUGCAUCAUGGAGGAUACAGGCUACUACCUGCCCAGAAAGUUCUCACGCUGCAGUAUAGACGAGUACCUUCGUUUUCUUCAGCAGGGAGGAGGCAGCUGUCUUUUCAACAAGCCCACCAAGCUGCUAGACCCAUCAGAGUGUGGCAAUGGAUAUGUAGAGGUGGGAGAAGAAUGUGACUGUGGCUCUCUGGUGGAGUGUGCACGGAGUGGAGCCAACUGCUGUAAGAAGUGCACUCUAACCCAUAAUGCCAUGUGCAGCAACGGGCUCUGCUGCAGGGACUGCAAGUACGAGCUGAGAGGGGUGACGUGCCGUGAAGCUGUGAAUGACUGCGACAUUGCUGAGACUUGCAUGGGAGAUACAAGCCAGUGUCCUCAUAACGUCCACAAACUGGAUGGGUACAUGUGUGAUGCUGGCCAGGGUCGCUGUUACGGAGGUCGCUGUAAGACCAGAGAUGGCCAGUGCAGGACUCUGUGGGGAUACAACUCAGCAGACAGAUUUUGCUAUGAAAAGCUCAACUCUGAGGGCACAGAGAAAGGAAACUGUGGUCCAGACUCUAGUGGACAGGGAUGGGUCCAGUGCAACAAACAAGACGUUCUGUGUGGUUUACUGUUGUGCACCAACCUGACAGCCAAGCCGAGGUUUGGCGAACUGCAGGGAAAAGUCACCAGUUUGACCAUCCACCAUCAGAACAGAUACCUGGACUGCAGGGGCGGUCACGCAGUGCUGGAUGAUGGCUUGGACCUCGGCUAUGUGGAGGACGGGACACCAUGUGGGCCAAACAUGAUGUGUCUGGAGCGCCGCUGCCUCCCUAUGAACACCUUUAACCUCAGCAUCUGCCCGGGCUCCUCAUCAUCACGCAUCUGCUCCCACCACGGGACUUGCAGUAAUGAGGUGAAGUGUAUCUGUGAUCCUGACUACACUGGGAAGGACUGUAGCGUGUUUGACCCCAUCCCCAUCCCCACUCCACCUGAGGGCCCAGAGAAAUACAGAGGUCCCAGUGGUACCAAUAUCAUAAUAGGUUCGGUUGCCGGUGCCAUUCUGGUGGCAGCGAUAGUCCUGGGGGGAACUGGCUGGGGAUUUAAAAACAUCCGAAGAGGAAGGUACGCGCCCGCCUUUGAGUGA